AAAACCAGUUUAAAAAAAAUAAUUCAAAAUUAACUGUCAGUUGCAGCCGGUGUGUUUAUUUUUGUGAUAAAAAUUUAAUUUAAAUCAAAGUAAAAACUAAAAAGAUUUGACAAUAUUACAUUGAAUAAAGGGUAUUUAAAUUUUAGUCUUAUAUCGGAGCAUCUUAUGUAAUGGCGACUUUCUCUCGUCUACAAAAGAUAUCUAUCCUCAGUUUAGGCGCGAUUGGUGGCAGUCUCGCAUAUUAUCAUAAUUUAGGUAAAUCCGAGCAUAAAUAUAUUGUUAGAAACUCGUGGACCACGAACUAUACGCCCAGUGUGAAAUGGGACAAAAAUUGGGACCAUCGUGAACCAGAGAGAAUUAUGAAGCCUCCAAAGUCUGACAAUCCAGAGGACGACAACAGAUACAAUGAACAAAUUAAGAAAUCAAAGAGCAAAGCAGUGCGACACCUAUUCCUUAUUAGACAUGGACAGUGCAGUCUUGACAGUGUCACAGACAAUGAGAGAAUUCUUACUGAACUAGGUAGACAUCAAGCAGAUCUCACAGGCAAAAGAUUGGCCCUUCUAGACAUUAAGUGGGAUCUGCUAGUCAGUUCAACAAUGGCCAGAGCACAGGAGACUGCAAAAAUUAUAGCCAAGCAUUUACCAAAUGACAUAGAGCUGAAAGACUGUCAGUUAAUAGAAGAAGGAGUUCCUAAUAUCCCUGAGCCUAAAGAGUAUUGGACGCAUGAACCAAGAGUCUACCAGGAUAACGCGCGUAUCGAGGCAGCAUUCCAGCGAUACUUCCACCGCGCGCCGCCCGACCAGACGCAAGACUCCUACACACUCAUUGUGGGCCAUUUAAACGUCAUACGGUUCUUCGUUUGCAGGGCUCUCCAGUUCCCACCAGAAGCCUGGCUCCGGAUGUCCCUGAACAACGGCUCUAUCACGUGGAUCUCCAUAAAGCCGAGCGGUAACGUGAUACUGCGGUCACUAAACGAUACAGGACACCUGGACCCCCAGGAUAUCACCAUCCAGAAUCAACAUCCAGAACCUGAAAAAUUAAAAGUUGUUCAACAAAGCUGAUAAUACAUAAUAUGAGAAGAUACUGUUCUAUUAGUAAACUUUAUACAAAACUUGCACAACACACCAACGCUCCUGGCACGCCAAAUGGUGUUGUGUAGAUUAUGCAUUCCAUGUAGAAUUAUGUUAUUUUUACUCAUAGAAAAUUUCCCCACGUGCCAGCAACGUUUGCGUGAGGUAAAUACAAUAGAA